UCCAGGGCGGACUCGUGCUCUGUAGAUGAUCCGAACUCGGACGCGCCCUCCGAUUUUCACAGCGAUGGCCUCUCGCCGUUUGGCAAAGCGGUUGUCCGGGAGCUGAAUCGGCUCGGUAUGCUCGUGGAUCUCUCUCACGUUUCGGUGAGGACGAUGAGGGACGCCCUCGCCGUGACAAAGGCGCCCGUUAUAUUCUCGCACAGCGCUGCCAAGGCUCUCUGCAACUCCUCGAGCAAUGUCCCAGAUGAUGUGCUGCGGAAUUUGUCCCUCAACGGCGGUCUGGUUAUGGUCAGUUUCGACAGCGCGCACUUGAGCUGCAGCGAUAAGGCCUCCAUGUACGAUAUCAUAGCUCACAUCAAUCAUAUCAGACGAACAGCUGGUGUGAACCACGUGGGCCUCGGUGCGGGCUACGACGGUAUAUUGAGGUAGCUGAAGAUGCGUCAGCAUUGCCAUAUCUUUAUUAUGCACUGGUACCGUUAAUGCACGUUUGCGGAAAUUACGCAACGCGAUUACUUUCCAAUAACUUUCCGAGCAACUGCUGACAGCCCGUUUCAAUAUUCAUUAAUUUUUAUUUGCCAU